UCCACUAUAUAAGCGCGCAGCGCAAGCGCUCGUCCAAUUCAUUCGACCUCCAUUUCCCCAAAUCCCAGCAAUCCAAACCCCAGAGCAAUCGAAACUUACAAGCCAUGGAUCCGCACGACAGGGGGAAGUGGGUAGCCCCCUACCCCGGCGGUGGCCGCGGGGAGGCCUCGUCGUCGUGGAUGGCGCCGUCACCGCAGCAGCAGCAGCAGCGCUCGAUUCCGUCCGUGCUGGGGUGGAUGCCGCAGAUCCCGACGGCGGAUCUUUGGGACGAGCCCCAAAUGCGGACGCGGGACCCGCUGUACUCGCCGGGUGCGCAGCGCUACGUGGACGCGGGGCGCGGCGCCGCCUCCCGCCCACUGGAGGCGCCACCGCCACCGUCGCAGAUCCCGCCGCCGCACCAGCAGCGCCCCUACCGGUGGAGCGAGGCCUACUCGAGCGGCGGCCACAUCUCCUCGUUCGAGGCGGGCGUGGACGCCCGCAGGCUCGCGCGGAACUCGAGAGCCAACCCGUACAGCCAACUUCCAGUCGCCGCGCUCCGCCCGCCGAUGGCGCCAUCGUCGCAUACGGCGAACCCCAGCACCAGCCAGCAACUGUACGCCAUGGAUCCGCGCACCGGGAUCGACGCCCGCGACUCGCUCCAUCCCGCGCCCCCCGCCUACAUCCCCAGCGCCAACUUCGACAUGGUGCCGCGCGGCGACCCGUCGUCGUCGAGGCAGCAGCCGCCGCAGCAACGCUAUGCGGGGUGGGAGCCGCCGGUUCACCAGGACUGGAGGCUGGAGAUGGUCCGAUCACAGCUGCGCCAUAACAUGGUGACCCCGGAGUCCUUAGCACUCGUGAUCCUACUGCUCCGAGAGGGUGGCCAGGCGAUGCCCCAGCUCGUGCUCGACGAAUUCGUGCACCACGCCAUGGGGAACAGGCAGGGGCACGACGUGUUCGCCGCGCUGCUGUACAGCUUCCAUGGGUGGCGCGCCCAGCUCGAGCGAAUCGUGCAAGCCGUGCCCAACCUCGUGUGGACGUCCGGCGACGGGAUGGCCGCUCUGAAGCUGCUCAUCCCGGCAGUGCGCCGGCAUUUCGGAAUGCCCGAGGAGCUCGUGGGUCGCUUCGUGGGCGAAGGCGUGAUGGAGCACGACCGAGGGAACGAACUGAUUGCCUACUGUUUCGCCGAGAUGGAUUACGAGGCGAGCAAGUUCCUGAUCACGCACGCCCUGCGCACCAUCUGGCGCAUGCUGGAGUCGAAGGCCGGGUCGGCGCGCCUGUUUACAUGCUACCAGCACGCGAGACACGAGGAGCGCCAGCAUUUCGUGAACUUCAUGCUCUCGGAGGGCAACGCCGCAAGAAUGGCCAGGGGGCGACACAGCAACUUCUUUGUGCAGCGCGUCCUCAACCACGGUGACGCUGAGUUCAGGCGCGAUAUCGUGGAGGAGCUCAUGAAGGAGGUCGCUAGCCUUUCCCUCGACCAGAACGCGAGUUACGUCGUGCAGCACUGCUUCCUCAACUGGCUCGACCUGCUGCCUCGCGUGCUCACGGCUUGUACUGCGCUGGGCACAAGAGAUCUUGAAGAACUGGUGCAGACGCCCCCUGGCAACAUCGUCCUCGCCAAGCUGCUCGACACAGGCUACGAUUACUGCCGGGAGUUGACGCGGGGCCUGGCCAACAAAAUUCACCACGUCAUCAGCCCGAGUGUCCGGACAAACCCUCGGUCCAAGAGGGUGCUCAACUGCGUCGGGGUGGUGCGAUAUAUCUAGCGCCCUGCCGCUGUCGUCCAUUAGGUUCUCUCCACCAGAUUAGCUUGCGAUCGUGUCAUUUGUUGCCUGCAUUCUUCUUCCCAUAGGCCGCUAGAUGCAUGAUAACUGUCUUUCGCCCGUAUCCACUGUUGUCGAUCUGGAACCAGCUCUCUCGGAUCGUUACCGUGCAGCGUACAUGUGUGUAUACCUGAUGCGCGCGCGAUGCGGCAUGCAUGUUGCUGGAACUUGGUAUUAUCUACCCUAACUGAGAAUGUCUCUUCCUUCUUUGAUGUGAAGCUGGUGUGUGUACUAGUACUAGAUAUAGUGUCAGGUUCAUGAUAAAAGAAAAAACUUUGCA